AUGAUUUCUGAUAUAAAAGCGUUUAUCAAAAAGGUGGAGCUUUGGGAACAAAACCUAAUCGAUGGCGAUACCAAGCAUUUUUCUGUUCUUUCAGAAAAGAUAUCUCAAAGCCCAUCGGAAUCAUAUGACAGUAAAUAUCGUGUAGAAAUAGUCUCUAACUUGAAGGAUAACUUUAAAAAUCGUUUCAAGGGCUUCAACAAAAUUGCUAUAGUGGCGCAAUUUGUUCGAAGACAUGGCUGGGACAGAAAUGGAAGUGAUUGCGUUUCAAAAUGAUUUAGC